GCCAUUAAUUAUUAAUGUUUUUACCAAUCAACACUCAAAGUACUCAAUGAUAGAAAAUUUUAGGAACUUAUUUGAAUGUCAAUGAUUGCUUAGAUGGAUUAAAAGGAUAGAAAUUGCACGAUAUUUCGUUAUAAAUUACGUAAGCUAGAAAUGAAAUAUUAAAAUAAAUGUAAUAGUCCACAAAUAGAAAGAGAGUGCUUGGAGAAGAAAUGAGUUAAAAUAUUGAUGAGUACUUAGAAGCUGUAUAAUAAAACCAAAUUAUAAGUUUAGAAACAUUCAAUUAGUAAAAGAUUUCAAAAAUAAGUCUUUAACUUGAUAGAUUCAAAAAGAAUUGAAUAAGAGUAUGAACAACCAAAAAUUGAAUGUGUUGAAACGAAUGAAGUUAAAAAUGAUUUCAAAUAAUUGCAUGAAUUGAUUAAAUCUUCAUUUAAUAAAUGAUAAG